AUGGCAAUCGUUCAUCAUAUACACUGUAUUUUUAUUUUGCACACUAAAUUUUUUCAGGGCAACUCAAAUCUGUAUCAGGCAGAUAAUGGCUUCUCCUGUCAAUUAUGUAAAAAGGGGGAGUAUCUGCAGAAGGCUUGUGAAAUAAACCAAGGUCCAUCAACAUGCAAGUUCUGUCCAAGAAAUACAUUCAUGGACAAGGAUAAUAAUUACACAUAUUGUAUUGAUUGCAGACCUUGUCACGGAGGUCAGGAACUCAUUACUGAAUGUACUAGAGUUAGCAAUGAUAUCUGUCAAUGUCCAGUAGGUAAAUAUUGGGUCCAGGCUCUUGGACAUGAUGGACAGUGUUACAACCAUUCAGUGUGUAAAGAUGGAGAAGUUGUUGUAGCUGAAGGCAAGUAUCUUUGA